AUGCCGGCCGCCUGGUCCGUGGAGCGGGAGGCUGCUGCCCGCCCUUCUCUGUCUUCUGAGCGCAGUGAUGUUCCUUCUGGGAACAGUCUCCGCCCUAGGCCCCUGCAUGGAGCUCUGCUAAAGUUCUACUUCAAGGUGUUUGCAGAGGAGGGCUCACUCCCGGCUCUUCCCAGGCUGACCGGCAGCGAGCCCCUGACCAUCCUCCCGCUGACCCUGGAGCCGGAAGCAGUGGCCCAGGCCCACUACAAGGCCUGCGACCGGCUGAAGCUGGAGCGCAAGCAGCGGCGCAUGUGCCGUCGGGACCCGGGCGUGGCCGAGACCCUGGUAGAGGCCGUGAGCAUGAGCGCCCUCGAGUGCCAGUACCAGUUCCGCUUCGAGCGCUGGAACUGCACCCUGGAGGGCCGCUACCGCGCCAGCCUGCUCAAGCGAGGCUUCAAGGAGACCGCCUUCCUGUACGCCAUCUCCUCGGCCGGCCUGACGCACGCGCUGGCCAAGGCCUGCAGCGCCGGGCGCAUGGAGCGCUGCACCUGCGACGAGGCGCCGGACCUGGAGAACAGGGAGGCCUGGCAGUGGGGCGGCUGCGGGGACAACCUCAAGUACAGCAGCAAGUUCGUCAAGGAGUUCCUGGGCCGGCGGUCCAGCAAGGAUCUGCGAGCGCGGGUGGACUUCCACAACAACCUCGUGGGCGUGAAGGUGAUCAAGGCCGGGGUGGAGACCACCUGCAAGUGCCACGGUGUGUCUGGCUCCUGCACCGUGCGGACCUGCUGGAGGCAGCUGGCGCCCUUCCACGAGGUGGGCAAGCACUUGAAGCACAAGUACGAGACCGCACUGAAGGUGGGCAGCACCACCAACGAGGCCACUGGCGAGGCCGCCGCCAUCUCCCCACCCCGGGGGCGGGCCCUGGGGGCGGGCGGGGGCGAUCCGCUGCCUCACACGCCCGAGCUUGUCCACCUGGACGACUCCCCCAGCUUCUGUCUGGCCGGCCGCUUCUCCCCAGGCACCGCUGGCCGCAGGUGCCACCGCGAGAAGAACUGUGAGAGUAUUUGCUGUGGCCGAGGCCACAACACACAGAGCCGGGUGGUGACGAGACCCUGCCAGUGCCAGGUGCGCUGGUGCUGCUACGUGGAGUGCAGGCAGUGCACACAGCGAGAGGAGGUCUACACCUGCAAGGGCUGAGCCCCAGCGCCGCAGCUCUGCUGCGUGGGGCGCGGGUGCGGCGCACUGUGGGAGAGGCCUAGCCUGAGAGACUGCAGUCCCCUCCAUCGGAGGUGCAGGCAGUGCACAGGGGUCUGCGCCUGCAAGGGCCGAGCCCCAGGCCUGGCCAGCUCCACGGAAUGGGUGAUGGGCGUUGCACACAGUACAAAGGGUCUCCCACCGGGAGGGCUGAGCCCCGAGGUCCGACCAGCCCUGCUUUAUGGGAUGGAGGAUUGUGCGCAGUACACAGGAUCUGUACUGCGAGGCCUGGGGGCCUCCCCGGCCCACUGGGGCCUCGGCGUGCAGCAGCCAGUCAGCUGAGUCGGCCCUGCCCCCCUCAAAGCUCAGAGGUG